AUUCAAUCCUCUCUAAAUCAAUUCUUAAUAUCUUCUCAUCUCACAAUCCAACAAUGGGCUCCAUCCUCCCCACCGACCAAGUCCUGAACAUCGCCGUGGCUGGCCUCGGUCGCAUGGGCAAGCGCCAUGUCCACACGCUGGUGGGCCGAGUUCCCAGGGCCAAAGUUGUCGCCGUCUGCAGCACCUGGGACAACGAAGUCGAGUGGGCCCAGGAAGCGUACCAGGGCACCGGCAUCCAGGUCUUCAACUCCUACGAAGACAUGAUCCAGCUGCCUUCCCUGAACGCCGUCUGGAUCUCCACCAGCACCGACGUCCACGCCAGCCAGACCCUCGCAGCCAUCAACAAGGGACUGCACGUGCUGUGUGAGAAGCCUCUCAGCACCGAUCUAACAGAGGCCCAGCAUGUCGUCGACGUUGCCAAUGCCCACCCACACCUAAAAGUCAUGGCGGGCUACUCGCGCCGCUUCGACGCCUCGUACCGCGCCGCGAAGGAGCAGCUCGCCGGCAUCGGCGCGCCGUUCGUCGUGCGCUCCCAGACCUGCGAUCUCCUCGACGACACGGGCUUCUUCGUGCGCUACGCCGCCCGCAACGGCGGCAUCUUCGUUGACUGCUGCAUCCACGACAUCGACCUGUCGCUGUUCUACAUGGGCGAGCACCUGCUGCCCAAGUCCGCCUUCGCCGUUGGCUCCCUGCAGCAUCAUCCCGAGCUGGGACCCCUCCAGGACGUCGACAACGGCGUCGGCAUCGUCGAGUUCUGGGGCGGGAAGAUCGCCUACUUCUACUGCUCGCGCACCCAGGCUCAUGGCCACGACGUCUGCACGGAGAUCACUGGCACCCACGGCAAGAUCAUGGUGAAUCUGAUCCCGCGCACGAACCAUGUCCAGGUGGCGGGUGCGAAUGGGAUCAGCCAUGCCGUGCCUGAGGAGUAUUGGCAGCGCUUCGAGGAUGCGUUUGCCACUGAGGCUAAUGAGUUCGUCGCCAGCGUCUUGGAUGAUGAGCCCGUCCCGGUCAAGCUGGAACUGGGCGUCAAGGGCAUUAUCAUCGGUCGGGCGUUGCAGGACUCGCUGCUUUCUGGGGAGGUGGUGAAGUUUAAUGAGAAGGGGCAGCGCUUGGAUGGGAAGAACUCGCUCUAG